GCAUUAGAGCGCGAUACCUUCGCACCACAGGAUCAUCAAUUCCCCACGAGGCGAAGUCCAAAAAUCAGGCACGCACUUCGACAACUUGUUGCUCCGGGUGUACAGAAUCGACAAGGGGCCGGGAUUUAAUUAAUUCGGAGACUGGAAAAUUAAAACGUGACGUGGGUCCCGUGUUGCCUCACCUGAAUCUUAUUUGCCGUGGAAGUGUGCGUUUGAUAUUGCCGAGACUAAUAAAUAAAUAUUUGAUUUUUAUGAAUAUCGUAAAUUUAGUGGUUAAUUACUGCGAAUCGGGCACAGUUGGUUAAGUUGCGCAGUCGGUGUUCCAUCAAGGUUUAUACGUGUGAAAGGGGAAACAUGCGAGACACUUUGUAUCGACAAAAGUGAAUUUUAACUGAACUGAGAUGGCUAUUAACAAUUAUGACACACACUUCCGGAGUUUGUCCAAUACCUCUUGCGAAAGCAAUUACACUAAACCUGGAUACUGCCCGCAAAUUCACGAUAAGGUUUUAUGUUGGCCAGAAGCUCCCGCAGGAUCAACAUUAAACCAAACAUGUCCCUAUGGAAAACCAAUGUUAGCAUUUAAGGAAUGUCUACCGAACGGAACAUGGUUUAAAAAAGACAACAGGACAUGGACGAAUUAUACGCAAUGCAUCGACGACGAUUUCGUAGAUUUCCUGACUUUCAUUAACAAUCUACAUAUUAUCGGAUAUUCCGUUUCGCUGGCAGCCCUUUUGAUUUCCCUGUGGAUAUUUAUUACAUUCAGGUCACUACGUUGUACCCGGAUCAAAAUCCAUAUACAGUUGUUUAUUUCCAUCGCACUGAACAAUAUUGCCUGGAUAAUUCAAUGUGAGGUUGUAAUCCCUGACAAUGACACCCAUAAAGAUAAUCCUAUUUGGUGUCAAGCAUUGCAUAUUAUAAAUCAGUACAUCAUGUUGACAACUUACAUGUGGAUGUUUUGCGAAGGAUUAAACUUACAUUUGUCUUUGGCGGUUGUUUUUAUACGGGAGGAGGUGACGAUGAAGUGGUUUUUAGCUAUUGGAUGGGGAGUUCCAUUGAUUUUCGUUAAAAUUUAUAGUCUCUAUCGAAUUUAUGGCACAAAGGAAACAUCAAGAUGCUGGAUGGAGGAUAGCAAUGCACGACUUAUCUUAACUAUACCUGUUAUAAUAUCUUUAAUUGCAUCUCUAUUUUUCCUCAUAAAUGUUUUGAGAGUGAUCUUGACAAUAAUGCACCCGAAUUCACCAACUCCCGCUCCAAUGAGCGCCCGCAGGGCAGUCAGGGCGGCUCUGAUUCUAAUCCCGCUCUUCGGCAUCCAUUACUUCUUGCUACCUUACACGCCGGGCUACGGGGAUCCGUAUCAGCGGGUUUACUUGUACAUUUCCGCGAUCAUCAUUCCAUAUCAGGGUCUCUGCGUAUCUUGCAUCUUUUGUUUCGCCAACCACGAAGUCCAUCAGACAAUCCGGUCGUUCAUCCAGAGGCGAAUUUACCAGGAUUCCAGAUGGAGCAACUACCAAUAUACGGGGGCGGCGGACAGUGCGGCCGUUUAUGUGGUCAACGGCAACAGUCAGUCGAAUAGCGUGCCUCUAAUGUCGUUAAGGAGAAAAUCCACGGCGACAGUUAAGUUGUGAGAAGGUCCAAAAGAGCAUCGAACUACGUCCAAUUACAAUAUAUGUGUUAAAACAUAUUAUGUCUAUAUGUUAAUAAUAUUUAUCUAAUGUGUACUUAUUAUUAUAAGAAUUAUAAAUGUUCUGUAAUCUGUCACAUUUUACAUUUACUUUUGAUUCGUUGGUUUUUCUGUCACUCAUAUAACAUGUAAUAAAUCGCGAUUCACAAUUUAUCGGUGGUCAUUAAAAGUGAAUGUUAAUGUCAUAGAUUUAGCCAUAAAGAUUUUAUAAAUGUAGUAAAAUAAUUGUGAGGUUUAACGCUGGCAACCGUACAACUUUAUAGCCUGUUUUAUAUUUUUGUAAGCUAAUGAAUUUUAUAGUAAAUAUCGACUGAAGUGUAUUUUAUUUUAUUAGUAUUUUAUCAUGAGUUUUGUGAUACGCUUGAUCUGUGUUUUGGUUUGCGAUUACAAUAAACAUAUUAUAAAACUG